AGCGGCCGUUGAACUUCGAAAAGAGUCAGAAGGGCGAGUGAUUGAACCCUGCAGACAACAAAGGCGAGAUCUCAAUGCAAGCUCUGCAAGAACGAACGUGAGAGUCAGCAACAGCGAGGAACCACCGCCAAUAGUCAGGAGCUCUGACAGAAUAAGGAUACUUUGAAGAAACGGCGGGAUUCCGAUGGAGUUGAACGUACGUUGCUUGAACUGUGGGUGUGAUCUAAGAUGGGUCUGUGUGAUAGGGCAGUGCCAUCGGCCACAAAAUGGUGAUGAUGAGGUAAUACUAUGGAGAGCUAAUGAUGUCGAUAAGAUUCUGUGGAAUAGACGGGAUGAUUCUCACAAUCCAGGGGAUGAUAAUGACUAUAAUGCUGAUGAUGUUGAUGAUGAUGAUGUUGCUGCUGCUGCUGAUGAUGAUGAUGUUGAUGAUGAUGAUGAUGAUGAUGAUAAUCAUGACGAGGAAGAUAACGAUGAUAUGGGUCAUUGGAAUCAGAAGACUGGAGAUGGCAAAAAUGAUGGUGAAAAUCUGAAGUCUGGGUAGUAUGGCGAUAAUGAUGGUGAUAAUGAAUCGUUGGCUCCGUU